CAACAAACCACAACACCUCACCUUGACGAAAUCGUUCAAGGACAUCACCAUGGCUCCCACCACCACCUUCCACCCCUUCCCUCUCCUCCCCCUCGAGCUCCGUCUCCAGAUAUGGGAAUCAACCAUCACCCCACGCACGGUCUCCCUCCGCGUCGGCACCCACUGGCGCCCAUUCACCGCCACACCCGCCUACUACUACAGCCUCCUCUCAUCCACGCCAACAUGUGCACCACCACCAGCCCUCCUAGCGCUCCUGCACACCUGCCGCGAAUCCCGCGAAGUCGGGCUGAAGGCGUCGUACCAGCGAGCAUUCUCGGAAUGGGACACGGACCGCGGCGGCGACGUUCCACAUCUAGAGGUACCGCCGCGUGCGCCAAGGUAUCUCUGGGUGAACUUUGACUUGGACAUGAUUGAUAUCGGGGGGUUGGGUAUUCAGUUUGUGGAGCGGUACAAGAGGCAAAUCAGGCGGUUGAAGAUGGAGCGCAAUAGGACGAGCACGGUGGGGAGACAUGAAUUCAGGGCUUUGAGGGGGGAACUGCAAAGGGGGGAGUGGGAAAAGUUGAGGGAGGUUGAGAUUGUUGUUCGGGAUGAUGCGUGGUUUCCUGAGAGUUGGAGGGGGGAUGGGAUGUUUGUGGAAGGGUGGAAGUUGGAUGUGAGGAAUCGUGAGAAUGGGACGGGGUAUACUUUGUUGAUGGAGAAGAUGGGUGGUGAUAAUGCUCUUUGUGGAUGAGCAGAACGGGGGUUUUGGAAAUGGGUGAGGUGCAGGAAUCGGGUUGAGUGUUUGAGCUUGGUGGAGGGAUUCACUUUUCCAAAACAGAGAAAGGGAAAAGAGCAAAAAAAGAUGGGAAAUAAAACGAUGCCAGGUCGAAAAACGGCAAAAAAAUGAUGCUUAGAAGCUUUGACCCCAACCCGAUUUGAACGGAUAACCUUUCGAUCUGGAGUCGAACGCGCUACCGUUGCGCCAUGAGGCCUUG